GGCCUUCUUCCUCCCCCCUCCUCUUCUCACUGAAGCUCGAGCGGCUCCGGCCUGAACCGUUGACCAUUUGGCAGCGCGUGACUGUUCAAACUCCGCGCUCGAGCAGCAGCAGCGGCGACAUGAACUCCUGGAACUUUCAUUAGCACUCCAGCCUUUUAUUUGCUCCACCUCUGAGCAUUUUAAUAACAAUGAUGGCAGUAAGAAUAUAAUGCGGGGAAGUGUCAGAUUAUUUCCGCUUUCUCUUCACUUUCCUCUUAAAAUUAGGAAAGCUGAAUAUUUUUUUUAAAAGGCCGGAAAUGUUGACGUUCAGAGGGACCUGGGUGUUGCAAGGGACGCACAAGUUAGCAUACAGGCUUAGCAAGCAAUUAGAAGGGGUUUUCCGAGAGCGAACAGUUAUAGAGAUAACGAGAAGAAAAAAUCAGGUAUAAACUGCAAACCUGAUCUAAGAGGAUGCGGAUAUAAUAACAUUGUCGGAAGUCAGCUUUGUUGCCACCAUGCCAACAGUGCAACCAGUCAUUAGCUGUAUACAGAAACUGGUUCUGUAUGAAACUCGAGCAAGAUAUUUCCUGGUUGGGAGCAAUCAUGCAGAAACCAAAUUUCGUGUUCUGAAAAUAGACCGCACAGAACCGGAGGACCUGGUAGUUAUUGAUGACCGUCAUGUAUACAAUCAACAAGAAGUUCAGGAACUUUUGAGUCGCCUUGAUAUGGGCAAUCGAACUAAAAUGGGGCAGAAGGGAUUAUCUGGGCUUUCACGAGCUGUAUCCGCUUUUGGCAUUGUUGGGUUUGUCAGAUUUUUAGAAGGGUACUAUAUUGUAUUAAUUACUAAAAGAAGAAAAGUUGCAGAUAUUGGUGGCCAUUCAAUUUAUAAAAUAGAAGACACCAACAUUAUCUCCAUUCCAAAUGACUCAGUUAGAAUUGCCCAUCCAGAUGAAGCCAGGUAUGUGAGAAUUUUCCAGAGUGUGGAUCUUUCCAGCAAUUUUUAUUUUAGUUACAGCUAUGAUCUGACUCAUUCCCUUCAGUUCAAUCUAACACUGUUGAAAAUGCCCAGUGAAGGAUUGAAAAGUGAAAUCUUUGGACAUGGUUGGCAGGAGAGCUUUGAUAUCUUUGAGGAUGAAGGUGUCAGUACACAGCCUGGAAGUGCUCCUGGUUACUAUGGCAUUCUGAAUGAGCCCUAUCUCAAAUAUGCUUGGAACGGUUACAUCUUAGAAAAAGUCAAAGCUACUGUCCACCAUAACUGGUUGUUGUAUAUUAUUCAUGGAUUCUGUGGUCAAUCGAAAAUGCUGAUCUAUGGCAGACCAGUUUACGUUACUUUGAUAGCCAGAAGAUCCUGUAAGUUUGCUGGAACACGUUUCCUGAAAAGAGGUGCAAAUUGUGAGGGCGAUGUGGCCAAUGAAGUAGAGACUGAACAGAUAAUUCAUGAUGCUUCUGUGAUGUCCUUUUCUGCUGGAAGUUAUUCUUCUUAUGUACAGGUUCGAGGUUCUGUUCCACUCUACUGGUCUCAGGACAUUUCAACUAUGAUGCCCAAGCCACCUAUUACAUUGGACCAGGCAGACCCGUUUGCCCACGUGGCAGCUCUUCACUUUGACCAGAUGUUCCAAAGGUUUGGCACCCCAAUUAUUAUCCUGAACCUGGUUAAGAAACGCGAGAAAAGAAAACAUGAGAGGAUUUUGAGUGAAGCACUGUUUUCUGCCAUUACGUAUCUGAACCAGUUUCUACCACCAGAAUUUUUCAUUCAUUACAUUGCAUGGGACAUGGCCAAAUACACAAAAAGUAAAUUGUGCAAUGUCUUGGAUCGGCUGAGCGUAAUUGCAGAAGAUGUUGUGAAAAGGACAGGCUUUUUUGUGAAUCGGCCUGAUUUUUAUUGUAACUCCUUGCGUCCAUGUGAAAGAUGGGAUGAACUCGGCGGAUGUAUUCACAAUACAUGCCGCUUACAGACUGGUGUUCUCAGGACAAACUGUGUUGACUGUUUGGAUCGUACAAACACUGCUCAAUUUAUGGUGGGAAAAUGUGCUUUGGCAUACCAGCUCUAUGCAAUAGGUGUGAUUGAUAAACCAAGAUUGCAAUUUGACACGGAUGCUGUUCGAUUAUUUGAAGAACUGUAUGAAGAUCAUGGUGAUACACUAUCUUUGCAGUACGGGGGUUCGCAGUUAGUACAUCGGGUGAAAACAUACAGGAAGAUUGCACCUUGGACACAGCAUUCCAAGGACAUCAUGCAAACCCUUUCUAGGUACUACAGUAAUGCAUUUUCAGAUGCUGAUAGACAGGAUGCUAUAAAUCUGUUCCUUGGAGUUUUCCAGCCUACGGAAGGAAAGUCUCAUCUUUGGGAGCUUCCAACUGACUAUUACCUACAUCAUAAGAACACCAUGGCACUUUUGUCUCCCAAGAGAAGCUAUACCCAUUGGUGGACACCGGAGGUGCUAAUCAAUUUACCUUUGCCUUUUGAUGAAGUUCCCUGCACUGAGAACCUUAAAAAAAUGACAAUAGUGAAGAAGAUGGAUAAAUCUGAUGAAGAGAUAGAUGUAUACACUGAAUUCUUCAGGCCAUAUGAACUGAGCUGUUUCGAUGAUACAUUUUGUCUGACAAUGACAAAUUCAGCUAAGGACUUCAUGCCAAAGCAUGUUGGAAUUGACCCAAGUCCUUUCACUAUUCGCAAACCAGAAGAAACAGGCAAAUCCAUGCUGAGUAACAAAAGUAAUAAGGAAGAAGCUGUAUUGCAGCGUAAAACAGUAGCAAGUGCUCCACCACCACCAUCAGAGGAGGUCGCUUCUAGUAGUUCUGAGGAUGAUUCAGGAACUGACAAGGAGGAAGAAGGUCCUGUGUCUCAGCGGUCAACACCAGUAAAAAUUACAGAGUUUGGGGAUACUACCAGAAUUCCUGAGGAUUCCACCCAAUCUCCAAGGGAAACGCAUAUCAUGAAUCUUUCCGGGCUUCCGUCAGAAGAUGAUUUUAUGAUAUAUAAGAGGUUUGUUUAUUUGGGUCAAAACCAGCAUAAGGUUGACACAUACAGCCAACAAAACAAUGCAAAGCAACUAGACAACAUGAUGACCAUUUUGGGGCCAGUCUCAUUGUUUCUUCAGGAUAGUAUUUAUGAGGUGCAUCUGGCUGACCUUGACAGAAAAUCGGCAGAAAUCUUUGAUUCCCAUAUCCAAAAUGGCAAAGGCAUUAUACAACCCAUGUGCAAGGAUGACAUGAUAGUCUACAGAGAAUACAUUAAAAACAGAUACAUGUGAAGAGUUUCAUCAUGCAGUCCUAGACGUAGCAAAUUACCGAGGUUAGAGUGCCAUGUCCAUAGAGACAAUUUCCAGGCAUAAUUGUUGUAUGUGUGGGAUAUGACUAAUUCAGAUUAUCCUUUCUACAAACCAUUCAUACAAUUGAAUUUGGGUCUUAAACACUCUAUUAUGACAAAAUAAUGAAAAUGAUGAGCUUAAGUGUGACAUUAAUAAUGGACAUCAUUUCAGAACAAGCUCAUGGUAUUAGGUAAUGUGUGUCUUACAUCAGUUUUGCUUUAUUAGAACAACAGUAUAGGUUGUUUGGAGAUUGCAUGCGUAGUUAACUGACAUCCCUAUUACUUAAUAUCUUUAAAAACAAUGCUCAGAUAUUGUGAUAAUGCAUUCUUUGCCAGUGUUGCUCAGUAUUGAUGAUGUUUAUCUUUUCCGUGUGCUCACAUUAAAGAAAAAUACUUCAAA